AUGCCGGGCGAGGUGCGAGUAUCGCAAACCAGACCCUCACAGCAUGCAGAAUCUCAGUACGAGGGCUUCUUAAAAGGGUUGGGUGCAACGUCUCAGGAUGUCAUUUGCAGCAAGAAAGCCUCGCAGCUGAAGAGGCUACAUGAAGCUACUCACUUUGCGAUUGGAUGUGAGAAGUGGGAUGAAGGGGUUCGAGGAGCGUCAGUGAGCCACACCACAUUUGUGGAUCCAGAGGUGGUCUAUGCCACCUGCGAUGCUCCAGAUAAGAAUAUGAGCGUUGUCGAGCUAAGACAGCAGGCCUUCAAGCCUGAAGCCCACUACCGCACGGAGCAACGUGACAGAUACGAAGACCCAGGACCACAGCCGAAGAAUGACACUUUGGUUCCGGUGGUUUCAGUACACCUGGGAGACGACAGGCCGGGCUACGCGCUGCAGUCUCAUGCAGCACAUCGCAAGAUUGCCCAGGAGGAGCACCACCAUGCAAGAGUCCUUCGAGCAGCCGGCUCCGGCGUGCUGAUUCCCACGAGCGCGUGGCCGAAGCCUGUGCGAUGUAACCCCGUGACGGGUGGACCCAGAAAUGCCGACGUCUACGACCUGGGCGUGGCAUCUGGCGUGCGGCAUGACCGCGUAAGCCAGAACUGCUCUUCCGUUGUGCAGGAGGCUCAUGUUCGCAAUCCUAUACAUGGGAUAGCAAUUCCGCUCCACCAGUAUGCCAAUCCGAGAGGGGAGCUAGGAAGGAGCACAGAGCAAAUUGUGGCCGAAGCGAAUCGCGUUGUUCCACCUCUUCGUUCCUUAGCUGCUGUGCGGCCUCACUGCUGA